AGAACCAUUCUCACUACUGUUUUCUACGUAACGGUAUCAUAAUGUCAGGAAGAGGCAAAGGAGGUAAAGGACUCGGAAAAGGAGGCGCCAAGCGUCAUCGCAAGGUUCUCCGUGAUAACAUCCAGGGCAUCACCAAGCCCGCCAUCCGCCGCCUGGCUCGCCGAGGUGGCGUGAAACGUAUUUCAGGCUUGAUCUACGAAGAGACACGCGGUGUGCUGAAGGUGUUCUUGGAGAACGUCAUCCGUGAUGCCGUGACCUACACCGAGCACGCUAAAAGGAAGACCGUGACCGCCAUGGACGUGGUCUACGCUCUGAAGCGCCAGGGACGUACUCUGUACGGUUUCGGCGGUUAAAUCAACAUCAAGUUAACAAAUCGAGGUUCAACACAAAGGCUCUUUUAAGGGCCACCCACAUGUUAUGCAUCAGAGACUUUAUUUCCAUAUUCCGGGUGUUGAGUGUCUAAAUUGAGUGGAGCCUUGUGAAACGAAUUGUAUAUCAUCUAUUUAUCCUAGGUGAAUAAAACUCAAUGAACAAUACUGAGUUGAUGAGUUUACUUUCGUCCCCCAGUUUUAGGCGCAUUUGAACUCUGUUUCAAUGUCAGUCUAGGCUAGA